UCUGGCAUCUCACCUUUUUGCCCCAAAUUACCCCCAAUUCCACCGUGAUUGUGGCAAUAAAGCACCUUUCGCCGCUGCGGAAUGACCAGUGAGUCAGAAAAGUAAGCCAGACAGCGUGCAUGCUGUUUCGCGUGGGAACAAAUUGUGUGGCAAAAUUGUUAGAAGUGCAGCAAAAAAGUUGGACGAUGCAGAAAAUGCAGCUCAACAAUACCAUAUCCGGAGUAAAAAGUACUACCUGGACACCUGAAAACUACCUCACGGCAUCACGACUGAAGGAGGAACUCUACGCAGUGAUGAUCCUCAAUAGACCCAUUAAUUUGGAUGAGGAAUUCGUGGUGGAACUCUGGAAUUCUGCUCAAAUUCGACACACAGUUGAUGGGGGCACAGACAGAUGGAUGCAGUUUGUGAAGAGUCAGUCCACAAAAAGAGAGAUCCUUAAUCCGGACAUCGUGACAGGAGAUUUCGACUCCGUCAAUCCAGAAACGUUGCAGCACAUGGAGAGUCUCAACUGUGACAUUGUGCGGACGCCAGAUCAGGAUGAGACAGAUUUCACGAAGGCCCUGAGACAGCUGGUGCCCCGUCUAAUGAUGCGCGAAGUGAGCACUGUGAUUGUUUUAGCCGAAACAUCUGGCAGAAUAGACCAAAUCAUGGGGAAUAUCAACACGCUCUUCAAGGCUCAGGCCUUCGCCUCUCGCAUAAGGAUCUUCAUUCUGUCCAGCAACUCCCUGAGCUGGCUUCUGUCGCCCGGACACCACUGUAUUGACAUCCCCCCAGAAACGCUCCGGCAGAGGCUCUGGUGCGCCCUGAUUCCCGUCGGGCGGAAGUGCGUGCUGACAACGAAGGGUCUCAAGUGGGACAUGACACAGCAAACCAUCAACUUCGGCGCCCUCGUCAGCACCAGCAACACAUACAAUGGCGCCCCCAUGGUGGAGAUCUCAUCCAGCGAUCAAGUGUUGUGGUCCAUGGGCACUGUUAGAGACUAAA